AUGGAGGAUACGACAAUGCUUGAGCAGUUGCCGGUGGAUUAUUUUGACGGGCUUGAUUUCCAAUCGUUGGUCUCCGACAGUUAUUCCUCGUACGAGAGUCCCAACUCCGAGAAAACACAGAAUCCCCAGUCGAUUAUUGCCCCACCAGUACCAAGACCAAGCAAGCUGCAGGUGAAGACCAAUAAGUCUGAUAAUGCUUCCAGACUGAUUUCUUUUGAGCACUCCAAUAUGCACCAAUGUUCCAACCAGAGUUCCAAUGUUAAGCUCGAAACUAUGAAUGAAGAAAACGUAUUGAAUUUUUCGUCCUUGAGCUGCCAAGGAUCAUACUAUGAAAACAUAAAUGAUCAGAAACUGAGGAACACGGCGGGCACCGUGACGAGAAAUCCACUCCAAGCCCAAGAUCACGUCCUGUCCGAACGAAGACGAAGGGAAAAGCUCAACCAGAAGUUCAUUGCUCUCUCCUCCAUCAUUCCGGGCCUCAAGAAGAUGGACAAGGCUUCAGUGUUGGGAGAUGCUAUAGAGUGCAUAAAACAACUGAAGGAACGCGAAAAGAUUCUGGAAGAACAAGUCGCCAUGAAAAGAAAGGAAUCCGCAGUCUUAAAGAGAAGAACUACUCUCUUCGCCGACAAUGAUAACUCCCCGUCCGAUGAAGUUUCCGGCCAGCCACUUGCAGAAAUCGAAGCCAGAGUUCUGGGUAAGAAUGUGUUCAUCAGAAUCCAAUGCGAGAAACACGAAGGGUGUGAGGCUAAAAUUCUGAGAGAAUUAGAAAACCUUCAUCUCACUGUUCAAAGCAGUAGCAUCUUGCCAUUCGGGGACGCCACUCUAUGUAUAACUAUCAUAGCUCAGAUGGACGAUGAGCACAGUAUGACAGCAAAGGAUUUCGUGGGAAGUCUGAGGAAGGCAUUGACAUUAUUGGAUCGUGCAUAGAUAAUAAAAAUGGUCUGCGACUAGAU